AUGUUUACAAUAUUUCGAGAGAAACAAGCUACUGUUAAAAAAAAAAUGAAAUUAUGUUACAUUGAACGUCAAUUAUAUUGUUUAGAAAAAUUCUGGGCAACUUUAAAAUAUUCUCGACAGAAACCAAAAAUCAAUUCAAAACUUGAAAAAAUUUUAAAAAAAUAUAGAAAUCUUGAAGAUUUUCGUGUUGAUGGUGUAUCAUUUCCACAACAAUUUUUUCCAACAAAAUCAAAUUAUAAAGAAUUUAGUGUUUUAGGAAGAAUUGGUAUUGGUUUAGGUAUCGGUGGUGGUGUGACUAAUUCUAUACUUUUUAAUGUUGAUGAUGGUCAUCGAGAUGUUAUUUUUGAUCAUUUUCAAGGUGUUAAACUAGAUGUUAUUGAAGAAGGAACUCAUUUUAUGAUUUCAUGGCUUCAUAGACCAAUUAUAUUUGAUAUUCGUACACGACCACGAUCUGUUCCAUCAAUAACAGAAAUAAAAGAUAUAAAAGCUAGAAGAAAACAGUCAACUUCAGGAGAGAGUUUUAAAAUCUGUUGUACUAAGUCUCAAUUUGAUGCUAUUGAAUUGAUUACACAACGUACACUUAUUUCUCAACGUAUUAGUGAAUUAUUAAUAGAACGUGCUGCUCAAUUUGGUUUAUUAGUUGAUGAUAUUUCAAUUACACAUUUAAGUUUUAGAUCUGAAUUUACAAGUGCUGCUGAACUAAAGCAAGUUGCACAACAAGAUGUUGAAAAACAAAGAUUUUUAGUCGAAAAAACUGAACAAAGUCGUCAAGCAAAUGUUAUUGUAGAAGAAGGUGAUGCUCGUACAGCUGAUUUGAUUGGCAAAGCUUUAGAUGAAGCUGAUGAUGAUUUGAUCGAACUUCGACGAAUUGAAGCCGCUGAAGGUAUUGCAAAUCAAUUAUCAAAAUCAAGAAAUAGCGUCUAUUUACCACAUGGUCCUCAAAUGUUACUUAACAUUACUGGUGGUAUGCAAUAA